CACGGGAACUGCUGCUAUGGGAGUGUGAGAGAGCAAAUUUCUGAUCAAGGAGAGUUCCCAGGGAGUAAAAUCAUAUCCAGGAUGAGGCAAUAUGUGCAAGUUCCAACUGUUGAGCAAGAAAAAGCCUAUGAUUAUAAUUCUGCUUUUGAACCGAGACCGUGUAUGUGUUUGGGAGUUUGCUGUUGCUGUGCUGCGCUAAGACCUCGCUACAAGCGUCUGGUGGAUAACAUAUUUCCUGAAGAUCCAAAAGAUGGUCUUGUUAAAGCCGACAUGGAGAAGCUGACUUUCUAUGCAGUUUCUGCACCAGAAAAGCUGGAUCGAAUUGGAGCUUACCUGGCAGAGAGACUGAGCAGGGAUGUCGUCAGACACCGCUAUGGUUAUGUCCUGAUUGCCAUGGAGGCACUGGACCAACUUCUGAUGGCUUGUCAUUCUCAAAGCAUAAAACCAUUUGUGGAAAGUUUCCUUCAUAUGGUGGCCAAGCUUCUGGAAUCAGGCGAACCAAAGCUGCAAGUCCUUGGAACUAAUUCUUUUGUCAAAUUUGCCAACAUUGAGGAAGACACACCUUCCUAUCACAGACGCUACGACUUCUUUGUGUCUCGGUUCAGUGCCAUGUGUCAUUCAUGUUACCCCGAUCCAGAAAUACAAACCGAGAUCCGAAUUGCUGGAAUCAGGGGCAUUCAGGGAGUGGUUCGAAAAACAGUUAACGAUGAACUUCGAGCAACUAUAUGGGAACCUCAGCACAUGGACAAGAUCGUACCAUCAUUGCUGUUCAACAUGCAGAAAAUAGAAGAUAUCGACAGCAGAAUAGGCCCUCCAUCCUCUCCUACAGGAGGAGAGAAAGAGGAAAAUCCUGCUCUGCUGGCCGAGAAUUGUUUCAGAGAACUACUAGGACGAGCAACCUAUGGAAAUAUGAAUAAUGCUGUCAGACCAGUUUUUGCGCAUUUAGACCAUCAUAGACUAUGGGAUCCUAAUGAAUUUGCUGUUUCCUGCUUUAAAAUCAUCAUGUAUUCUAUACAGGCACAAUAUUCCCAUCAUGUCAUACAAGAAAUCCUUGGACACCUUGACGUCCGCAAAAGGGACUCGCCACGAGUCCGUGCUGGCAUUAUUCAGGUUCUUUUGGAAGCAGUUGCAAUAGCAGCUAAAGGAUCAAUAGGCCCAACAGUUCUGGAGGUGUUUAAUACCUUGUUGAAGCACUUGCGCAUCAGCGUUGACUUCGAGCUGGGUGACAGGCGCAGCUCAGCGGGAAGUGCCGCUUUCAGCACGAGCUCCAAGGAGAGCGAUGAGAGGAUUGUCCAGAAUGCAAUUAUUCAAACAAUUGGAUUUUUUGGAAGCAAUCUCCCAGAUUACCAGAGAUCAGAGAUUAUGAUGUUCAUUAUGGGCAAAGUACCUGUUUUGGGGACUUCACAAUCACUGGAUACCAGCCACAUUGGAGAUUUGGGAACUAGAAGGAUUCAGAUCAUGUUACUGAGAUCUUUACUUAUGGUGACUUCAGGAUACAAAGCCACAACCAUCAGUAAUGCACUUCCUCCCCCGUUCCUGGACCCGUUACUGUCUCCUUCACUCAUGGAGGACUCUGAGCUAAGGCAGCUGGUCCUGGAAAUCCUGCAUAACCUCAUUGAUCGGCACGACAACAGAGCGAAGCUCAGAGGGAUACGAAUAAUACCAGAUGUUUCCGAUCUAAAGAUAAAACGAGACAAGAUUUCAAGGCAGGAUGUGAGCUUCAUGAAAAAGCAUGGUCAGCAGUUGUACAGACACAUCUACUUAGGCUGCAAAGAAGAAGACAAUGUCCAAAAAAACUUUGAACUCCUGUUUACAUCUCUAGCUCUUACCACAAUUGAACUGGCCAAUGAAGAAGUGGUUAUUGACCUCAUUCGAUUAGCUAUUGCCUUGCAGGACAUUGCCAUCAUCAACGAGGAUAAUCUGCCAAUGUUUAAUCGUUGUGGUGUCAUGGCAUUGGUUGCAGCUUAUCUAAACUUUCUGAGUCAGAUGAUUGCAGUUCCUGCCUUUUGUCAGCAUGUCAGCAAGGUCAUUGAAACCAGAAGUGUGGAAGCAUCUUAUUUUCUCCCAGAAACAAUUUUCAAAGACAAAUGCAAUCUUCCAAAAUCCUUAGAGAAGCAUGAAAAAGACUUAUUUUUCCUGACGAACCAGAUUGCAGAAUCAUUAGGAGGCAGUGGAUACAGUGUGGAAAGAUUGUCAGUUCCGUAUGUACCCCAGGUAACAGAUGAGGACAGACUCUCCAGGAGAAAAAGCAUUGUGGACACGGUGUCUCUUCAGGUGGAUAUUCUGCCUGGCAACCACACAGAGGAUAAGAUUGAUAAUACUGAAGAAAUCACCUUUGAAGCUUUGAAGAAAGCCAUUGAUAACAAUGGACUUGAAGAACAGGAAAAGGAAAAAAGGCGUCUUGUGAUUGAAAAGUUCCAAAAGGCACCAUUUGAAGAAAUCGCAGCCCAGUGUGAAACCAAAGCAAACUUGCUUCAUGACAGACUUGCACAGAUACUGGAACUCACCAUUCGUCCUCCGCCUAGCCCCUCAGGAACGAUGACCAUUACUGCUGGACAUGCUCAUUACCAUUCUGUUCCAGUCUAUGAGAUGAAGUUUCCAGAUCUUUGUGUGUAUUAAGUGUCUUCUGAAGUCUGCUGGACAUUAUUUAGAAUAGAGUACAAUAGAAAGAACAAGAUGAGUUUUCAAAUUUUAUUGUUUACUGUAUCUAAACUAAGUAAUAUAAUUAUGGACAUGAGCCAAAUACAGAUCACUUUAGCCAAAUUCAUGAGAUUGUCUUGAAUUGUUUUCUUCUGUAAUAUAUUGUAAGGUUUUUCAUAGAUCAUGUUGAUUCCUUUCCAUAUUUGAGUACGUGUAAAAGUCAGAUAUAAAACUUGUCUUACCACACAGGUGAAUAUUUCAGUUACUCUAGGAAUUUGUGUUGCUGCAAAUUCCUUCAAUUGGAGAUGCUGUAACUGAAGAACCUGUUAAAUCUUUUUUUUUUUCCCUUUUUUUUGGUUGGUUGGGGUUUUUUCUCAUCUCCACCUCAAUUCUAUGUCUAACUAGAAUGCUUUUGCCUUGCUUCAUCUCAUUAAAUGUAACCAGUGGAGGACUACCUUAGCUCCCUUUUGUUCAUACUGUCAUAGCUAGUCAACUUGUUUGGUUUGAAAUAUAUGGAAAAAAAACAAUACCUUACAUGUGUUCAAGUACAAUGAAUGAAUUAAUGGACACUUGUUAAGUAUUUUUUUGAUGCAUCACAUAACAUGCUUUUUAGAUAGACAUGCCCAGUAUAUGUCCUGUGUUUCUUGCUAAAAGUUUAAUGCUUUGCAUAAGAGAGGAGAAAUCUCCUCUCAAAGCAAGAAAUUGUGCAAUAUUUUUCAUGUCUUAAGGUGUAUGGUUUACAGACUGUACUUUUGAAAACAUAGUAGUAUCUUACUGUCUGCUUUAGUAUAAAUACCUGAGAGAUAUAUUUAGUAUAGCAGAAAAUAAACUGAGGGCAUUUUAAAUAAUAAUUAAUGAAAUUAUAAAUAUAUUCUACGAGGCAUUUCUCUGUAGUUUAUUACAGCUUUUUUAGUGAUAUUUUAGAAAUUGAAAGAAAACUAAAUGAAACCAUUUAAAGAUCAAGAAUUUAUUACAUAUAUUUUCAAGCAAAAGCAUUUUUAGAGAUGCAUCUCUGUGUUUGUUUUUGUUUCAUUUCUCAAAACUUUAAGGUAACUUUCAUAGGUUUAUGUAUCUGAGCGCACUAUUCAAAUGUAAAUAAAGUAAAAGUGAUACAGGAAAUCACUGACAUUUGAUGAUAAUUGCCAAGGCUGUCUUUAUGACUCACUAAAUUCUGCAGGCAAAAAAGAAAAACAGCAUUCAUUGACGCCAUGCAUAUUAAGUUUGAAGUCCCUUAAUCUCUCUGAAUCUGACUGAAGCAGCACAAACAUGAAUGAAUGCUCUCAAAAAUCUGUAAUAAAUGUAGACAUUUAAUUUAGCCAGUGGUUUGCAUGAACAGUGAUCAGGCCGUGAACAAAGUGAUCUAACUUCAGUUAGCUCUGCUUUGAGCAGGAGCUUGGUUUAGAUGACUUUCAGAAGUCCCAACCUAAUUAAUCUUUGAUUGCAUAACUCUACCAUCUGAAGGGUUAUCAGCCCAGCUAAUUUGCUGACUGUUGGAAGCAUUUGCAAACCCACUG